UGGAUGAGUGAUCAUGAAAGCCUGGAUUCAAAAUUACUAAGAAAAGGCCUGCCACUAUUUCUAGAUUUCUAGGAAGCAGGAGGAAGGAAGAAAUAUUGGGAGUUAAAAAUUGAUAUUUGUUGUAAGUGGUGCAAUUGAGGUCAUGGAAUGACCACAAGGUGUGCGUCGAGAAAUCCAGGAUGGUCCAACGAGUGCCGGAGUCCGCCUUGCGAUCGUGAUCCUUGGGGGAGGGUCGCAAUGCCAAUCGGGAUGAUAUUCGUAAUGCUCAUGCUUGCUAAAUUGAGGCAGAAAUCUCCACGCUUUUCUUGGUCUCAACAUGUGGCCUCGCAGACCAAGGGAUCACGUAUGGCACACCAAAAUGCAGCAGUUUUAAUGAUCCUUGAGACUCUGGAAGCACUGCUAGAGCCGCUCCGCGUACUGACGAUAUUGAGUGGCCUACUUCAGAAGUCGUCUCUUCGCGGUGGAGUGAAUUAAAUGUAAUACUCGUUCAAAGUAGACGGUGUCAAGACCCCCGUCAUUCAUACCACUAAAUCCACACAUGCUUAUUGACCAGGAAGUCUGACGUCGUGCAUGUAGUG